AUGGCGCCGGAACGGUAUAGGACGCCCCCUCAGCUGCCGCCGAGGUUCACGGCGACGCCGGAGAGCUUGAUUGAGGAUACGAAGAGGAUUAUUGAGCGGUCUCGAGGCGUACAGGACCACAUUGUGAAGUCCUUGACUCCCGAGACGGCAACGUUCAAGAACACGCUCCUCCCUGUUGCUCACGAUGACAAUAAGAUGGCGCUCGAGACGCACAUCAUCGGCUUCUAUCAGGCCGUGUCGACGGACCAGAAGCUGCGCGAUGCGUCGACUGAGGCGGAGAAGAUGCUCGACGACUUCAGCAUCGAGUCCAGCAUGCGGGAAGACGUGUUUAGGCUCGUCGACGCCGUGGCGAAGAAGAAGGAAGAGCUGGAUCCGGAGUCGCAGCGUCUGCUGGAGAAGGACCAUAAGUCCUACAUUCGGAAUGGACUGGGUGUCCCUGCAGGACCGAAGCGCGAUCGGUUCAAGGAGAUCAAGAAGAGGCUCAGUGAGCUGAGCAUCCAGUUUCAGAAGAACCUCAAUGAGGAGAAUGGUGGGAUAUGGUUUACACCCGAGGAGUUGGAUGGAGUGCCCGAAGAUCUUGUGGCGUCGUUGAAGAAGGGAGAGGGCGAGAAUGAGGGCAAGGUCUGGCUGACGUUCAAGUAUCCGGAUCUAUUCCCUACGCUCAAGUACGCGAACAAUGCCGAAACACGCAAGCGCGUUUUUGUGGAGAAUGAGAAUAAGUGCAAUCAGAAUGUGCCGCUGUUCCGGGAAGCCAUUCUUCUGCGCGACGAGGCGGCGAGGAUUCUGGGUUACAACAACCACGCUGAAUUUAGGAUUGAGGACAAGAUGGCCAAGACUCCAAAGACCGUGGACGAUUUCCUGUCGGAUCUGAGGACCCGUCUUGCGCCAGGUGGAAAGGCCGAGAUUGAGAAGCUGAUUGAGUUGAAGAAGCAGGAUCUGAAGCAGCGUGGCAUUUCUGACGGGUCGGAUUCGCAUUAUUUUCUGUGGGACCACCGAUACUACGACAGGUUGAUGCUGGAGAAGGAUUACUCGCUGGACCAACAGAAGAUUGCCGAGUAUUUCCCCCUGUCUACUACGAUCGAGGGCAUGUUGAAGAUCUUCGAGGAGCUCUUCGGCAUGGUCUUCGUGGAGAUUGUUGGCAAGGACCGUGAUGCGCUUGCGGAGAGCGGCAGUGGCUCGGAUAUCGUAUGGCACGAGGAUGUACAGGUCUUCAGCGUCUGGGACGACGAGGGCGAGGGCUCCGGAUUCAUCGGUUACCUUUACUUGGACCUUUUCCCCCGAGAGGGAAAAUAUGGUCAUGCUGCCAACUUCAACCUCCAGCCGGGCUUCAUCCAGGAGGAUGGAAAGCGCCGCUACCCUGCGACGGCGCUCGUCUGCAAUUUCUCCAAGCCCACGGCGAAGAAGCCUUCAUUGCUGAAGCAUGACGAGGUCGUCACGCUCUUCCACGAACUGGGCCAUGGCAUCCACGAUCUCGUGUCGCGAACCACGUACGCCCGCUUCCACGGCACCAACACGGUCCGCGACUUUGUUGAAGCGCCCAGCCAAAUGCUGGAGAACUGGUGCUGGACGCCCGCGCAACUCCGCUCCCUCUCCAACCACUACUCCUACCUCUCUCCCGAAUACGAAGCCUCCUACAAAGAAUCCUCGGGCGCGUCCCAGAAGCCCUCGCAGCAGAUCCCCGACGAGUACAUCACCAGCUUGAUCAACACCAAGCAUGUCAAUGACGCCCUGUUCAAUCUGAGGCAGCUGCAUUUCGGCACCUUUGACAUGACGGUGCAUGAACCUGCGAGCCAUGAGGAGAUUGAGAAGCUGGAUGUUACCACGACGUAUAAUAAGCUGAGGAAGGAGAUUGCGCAGUUGGAUGGGCCAGAGGUGCUAGGGAGUGGGGAAGGGGAGAAGAAGUGGGGGUGGGGGAAUGGUCAGGCGACGUUUGGCCAUUUGAUUGGCGGGUAUGAUGCUGGAUACUACGGAUACCUCUCGUCGCAAGUCUACUCGGCAGACAUGUUCUACACGGUCUUCAAGUCUGAUCCCAUGAAUGGAAAGGAGGGCCGUCGGUACAGGCACACUGUCCUGGAGCGCGGCGGAAGCAGGGAGGAGAUGAGUUUGCUGGAGGAAUUCUUGGGUCGCCCGCCGAGCACCGAGGCGUUUUAUAAGGAGUUGGGCAUCUCAGCAUAG